AUGGAGACCUGGUUUUGGAUUCUUGGCUCGGUUCUUUUGUUUCUUGCCAUCGCUGGAAAUGGAUUUACAAUCUUUCUCGUCUGCAGCAGAGGAAAUCUCCGCACCAAAACCAACGCGUUUAUCGUUUCACUUGCAGUAGCGGAUUCCGGUGUUAGUUUGGGCGUUAUUCCUUCUCUGUUAGCUUGCGACGUUACAAACACCUGCUACUGGUCUCUGCAGGUUUUUCUUUCAUGGAACGAUGUCGUAAGGUGGCUGUUUAGCUACCUGUCUGUUUUAAACUUGUGUUCUCUGGUGCUCGACCGUUAUAUCGCCAUCGUAAAGCCUUUUAAAUACAUAACUUUUAUGACUAUAGUGUGUUCAAGUGAUAACUUCCUGUUGGAUAGCGUCAUUUACACUGGUUGCUUUCAAGACCGCACCUCGGCUUUGCUGUGAGACCCCUCUGACCAGUAUCGUUGCAGUUGUGGUCUUAAUUCCAUGGAAAUCUUUCCAUGCGUACUGCAAGUACUCUGUUUUGCGUCAAUGUUACUUCAUGUAUGGUCAGCAAGCACCCUAGCAAAACAGUUAACUUAUCAUCCACCCUCAAGCACCCUCCUCGCGUUGAUCGGCGCUAGCGCUUUUGCUUUUAACAAAUACCCCCAUAAACCGUACAUUUUCUGAAAGCUUAAUAGUUCCAGAUUAUUGCUUAUUUCUUUUAAAAAAUCAAAAUAUUAACGCGAUUUAGAAAUAAGAAGCUUUUUGUGAAUGUGGCUGUCACUGUAAAUCUAAGUCCAGUCUAGCCAAAAAUUAACGUAAGAAGCCAAUUAAGAACGCAUUCGCUUCUUAACACGUUUGACUAAAAAACCGUGUCUCAGAUUUUUGUCAAGUGCGGUUUGUUCUGUUGUUUAUAAGCAGGUGAAGUUAGGGAUAGCAAAUCAUUAGCACUACCUGUGAAAAAAAUACUCUAACUCGAAAACGAAAAAAGAAAUCAAAAUUCGCAGACACAGUUUUUGAGAAAAACUAUCUGACAGUAAGUUGGCCAAAUUUCACGGGUUGCUGACUUGGAGUUUAAAACGUACCCUCAACUUGCCCUGAUUUUCGUUUGGAGAAAAUAAUGGAAAAAGAUUUUUGGCGGCGUAUUACCCGUGAUGAGAUUAUAAUAGAUUAUAACACCAAAGCUGUCAAUGUUGAUGCAUACCAGAGAAGGGACAACAAUAGUGACACAGCAGGAAAAGUAGCCUGCAGUGCAGGCGUUUUCUUUGAGCGCGCAAUUUCCUUGCGAAAGCGCCACGUUCAAACUUCCCGAAGAGAGGAGGAGAUGGGGCGAGUCAAAGGGAGCGGGGAGGGGGCAGGGAGAGCAGGGCAAAAAAAGCUAGGGCGUUGAAACGCUCAUACGUGCUCUCUGGUUCAGCUGUGAUGCGGAGUAGGACUCCAACUAGUCCGCUCUCCGCUCACGAUCCGCUGUCAGGGCAAGAAAAAUGGCGCCGUCUAACUGAAGGUAGGUUCGGAUUUAUUACUCUAUAACUUUAGAUCGCUGCAAUCUAUAAUUAGAUUUGAUAUUUGGCGUAUUUCUAUGCGAUGUACAGAAAGUAUAUAGGUGAUAUGUUAUAGUUAGUCUUAUAAGUUAAAGUGUUUUUUCGCCUUUUAUGUUUAUGUAAUGUCAAAAUGGCCUAUCGAAUAUUACAGGUUGAAGGUCGCGUUUUAUCUUGCCAGUCAAAACCAAAUGAUAAUAAACGGCUACAAAAAAAAUUUGUAAUGGUUUUAAAAUUUUGUUUGUGCAUGCAAAUUCUUAGAGUGAACUUUUUUGAACCUUUAAGGUUUUUUUACUUCUGAAGUGACGACUUCAUAAUGGUGAUAGCAAGGUUUUUGUUUUGUACGUUGGGGUUUAGCUUGUUAGUAAAAUAUAAGGUUUCACUCGCCCAAUUUAGCGAUAAUUCUUUUUUAAAUAUACAAUAAGAUGGUAAAUAAUUUUUUUUAGUUGCAGAACCGCGCGCGAUCCAAGAAGGUUCUGACUAUUUUUAAAGUUCUACUAGAAAAUUGCAUUCGAAUGAUCUCGUACGUGUGACAGUCUUUACAUAAAAAACAACAAAUUCUGCUUAGCUGCUGUAUAAAUCUAAAGGUUGUACUGCACAGAAACAGAAUGACGCCUAUCGAGAAAUUUGCUUUCAAAUCCCCACAAAGAUUCCGCUGUAAAAUUAAAUCAUAGAAUGUGUUUGUUAUUAUGAAUUUUUGCAGGACAAUAGUGAGUGCCCGGCCUGAAAAGACUACUAUAGAACAUACACUGAAAGAUAAACGAGUUCAUAAUACCGUGAAUAUGAAGAAGAACAUGAAGAGGUCUUAAUUUGAUUGCAAGUAGAAUAAAUUAAGACUGUGUAUAACAUUGUAUUUUUGUCGUCCGAGGCUUAAGUGUGGUGUUGCACAAACUACAGUCAGCUCUCAGAUGGAAACUAUUUGGACUGCCACAAAAUGUCUGCAUUAAUUGACAGGUGUAACUCUUAUAGAGAGUAAAAGAAAAUGACUGAAGAAUAGUAGGGACCAACUCGAUUUCCUGGAGGUGCCUUAUCUUCUGAUUGUACUACUGUAUAAUGUUUCUAGCAUUAUAUCCUCUCUUUUAAUAUUAUAUAUUGUAGACAAGGAAACAGGAAAGUAUUUUUUGAGUCAAUUUUGAUAUAAAUUUAACCAAGAAUGAAAUUGAAUCAUACUGGACAUGACUGGUAUACAAGUGUGCUAGGGUUGCUGGUCACACUCAAAAAUUUGUUUUUCAAUGGUUUAAUAGCUGUUACAGGCCAUUUGUAUUUCAUUUGUGCAUAAUUCUGUAUAAUUUUCUUGUUUGCGAUAUAUUUUUGAAUUCGUAUGUUAUAUAAAUGUUUUAUGUUGUAUUUGUAAGAUAUAUACAUACAUAUGUAUAUAGCAAUAACUGGUUUCAAUGUCAGACUAGUGAAUGUUUAGUUUCUUUUAAGUUCCUUAGUAUGUCUUGCAUGGGUAGUUUUCAGUGACCAUUUCAUUACAAAAAGCUAUUACUAUGAAACAAAAAUAUUUGCUGAGCUACUUAUUUGUGUUCUUGCGUCCUCUUUCAGUUAGGGCAGUGAAUUAUAUCUAUAUUUUUUCACAUACUUAUUCUUCAUCGCACAGUAGUAUUAGUGUACAAGAUAAAAUAUAAUGAUGAUUUUGUUAUAUCUUAAAUUUACCCGGGCUUUAGUUUUCAUAAUCUGUAUUGGAGAUAGCUCAAUAAGGUGUUAAGAGAAGAAUACUGAUGUACACCAACAAAUCCAAACUUUAAUAGUGAAAACAGAUCAUCUGGCCUUGGAACUGGGCUGCAAAAACUAAAUAAAUGCCAUAGCAGAUGAUGAAUUACACCACUUGAUAUUACACUGAAGUAGAGAACCGAUAAUAUUAGUCUAAUAAUGAUGUCAGUGCUAUCAUCUGAGUUGUGAUGCCAUUUUCUUACCAAGUCACGAAAUUUUAAUACAGGUCACGGAGACAGGUCACGGAGGUGGAACUAUAUGCAAUAUAGAUAUUUGUUCGAGGGGAAAAAUUGAGCAAAACAAAAACGAGAAACAAUAAUUUGUUCCUUCGCUAUUGCUUGCAGCAAAUGAUUGCCACGGGAUAAUGGCUAACUUUCGCUGGAUAAUCUCUCUGACGGUCCAGUAUAAUGUCCGCCAUCUUGUUUUGUCUCUUCGGUAGUACCCAGACCCUUGAAUCACAGCUAGAUCACUCGACCCCGCUCGUUUCAACGCCCUACCUUCUUACGCCCAACACCGCGGCAAAACGCACUGCGCAUGAGCACAAAAUUUAACAUCCGGUCAGCUUUUUAUUUCCGGUCUAGUAUAUAAACCAAUUGCGUAAGCAUGACAUUGCCGUCGCGCCAAGUUUAAAAGCAAAAAGGGCGAAACAGACAAAAAAGGGGGCCAGAAAAAUCACUUCAUCCGAAAACUUAUUUAUUUUUCUAGUGUCAAACUUUUGCACCACAUGGUUAUUUGUUUGCACCAAGGGUGAAAAUGAUGUUUGAAGUUUGCAGGUCGCGAGCGCUCGACAAGACGAAUUUGUUUUCACUGGCUUUCUUGCAUGCUACUGGUUUGGCAUAAGUUAAUUUGGGAGAAGGCGCUAACUAAGAAAAGAAUGGCAAUACUUAUGAAAGAAACCAAAAUAAAGACGUCAUCAUUAUCAUUAACACUAGAAUCAGGAAAUAACAUUUUAGUCUGUUCAACAAUUUUUUAUUAUCAGAGAAAACAAGUACUCAAAACAAAAGAUGUGCGGGAUUUAAUAACAACCUCGACUAUGAUGACUGCAGUCACGAACACCCGGAGCUUUCAGUGCCGGGAAACUAAACAUGCCUAUAAAUGAAUUUCAUUCAAGAAAAUGCCUAUUUAAUUCUUUUACAUGGUUGUUCUUUGGUCGGUGAAGACUUCAAUAAUUUCAGACUGUGCGGCUUGUCGGCAUCUCACGCAAACACGAAACUUCCAGCUGCUAUGAAAUACAUGGCAUGAAAAUUUCGACUUCUAAAAGCCAUCGAACCAGCUUUCGCUCUCCGAUUCUGAGAAUGAAAAAAAUAAAUAGAGUUGUCAACUUGCUGCCAACUUCAGCAGUAUAAUUAAGCUUAUGUUUCAUGGCAAUCAACUCAGAAGAGUUUCGUUUCAAAACACGAAAAUAAAAAAUAAAUUAAUAAAGCUCGAAUCGGCUUUAAGGCAUGAAGACUGAGAAACUGAAGAACUGAAAAUUAGAACUGUAAUACACAAGCUUGCAAUGAUAACUUUUUAUGUCUCAGUUUCAGCCAGGUUAAGUGAAAAAUAACAGUCAAAAACUUUGUUUUCGUAAAUGAAAAUCAGUUUACCUGACGGUCUAGCCAAAAUUACACACUGAGUUAUUAUCAACUUACCUUUUCUGAAUCUAAUCGACUAAUUGUUUCAGUGAUCUGUGCCUGGUUAUCCAUAAAAGCAAUUUCAAUAACUACGAAAUAGUCAAAAACACAAGCAGCAUGAAGCAGAACAACUGAACCGCAAGCUGCAUACAGAAUGAAGCCGAAAGCGCGAGGGAGACUUUGAUCUGACUGGAGAGUUGACUGAAAGAGAGACCGGAAAUGCUCAACCCGGCGCAUGCGUAGACGUUUUGCCGCGGUGUUCUUACGCCCUGGUCUCUAUCACUAUAACGCUCAACCUAGUCCCCAGGGCCUCUCGGUUUCAGUUGCUUUUUUCUACGGAAAGAAAUAUUUUGAAUGAAUAGCAGUAGGAGUAACCUUGAGCAAAUCAAAAGAAAGGGAAAAUAAAUACAUGCUGCUACUUAUAGAGGGGCCUCGAGGGGAUUAGCCUGUAGCAGUAAAACAGCCAAAACUUUCAGUCAUUUUACGUAAAGAUGGAAACUUUUAGCCGUUAGUUUUAAACACCAUCAACCGCAAAAUUUUUUCUAACCAAAAUUUUUGUCAUUUAGAAAAGGUCAACAUUACUUAUUACGGCCUCUUUACACGUCUUGUCUCGUGCCUGAUGGACCCUGUUUAAUUAACAUUUAAUUAAGUUUACAGCGUUUCCUGAUUAAAAUUCAACUAAAAGAAUAAUGAUGUUACAUCGUCGAUUGCUUCUCAGGAGCCUUUUGAUUAGUAUAAUUGUAUAAAUUAUUAUUAUUAUUUUUUUUAUGCAAACAGGCAGUUGGCCUGUUCGUUGGUCAAGAGGGAAGAGAACCAUCAUAAAAUCUUCUGAUCAAAACGGAAUCGCUUGCUACGCAGGCUUCUCACCUGACACUAAUGGGCAAAUUCUUUAUAAAGAGUUUAUAAAAUAUUUCAUGCAAACAAAAAUAGGUAAAAAAAAAAAGCUCCAGGAUGCAAAGGUAUUAAUAUGAAUAAAGCACGGAAAAAAAAUAUGUAAUACUGAUCAUGAUGUGAAAAAGAAAUGUUACGAAGAGAAAUUUCGUCUCGGCUCCUGACCGUUGUAAACCUUGAGCUUGAUUCUCACAGUCCCGUUGUUACGUGUUAUUCGAAGUCAAUUUACAUUUAUUUAACACCAUUUUCGUGCAAAAGUCAAUUAUGUUGGUGGAAGCCUUUAAUUGGCGCUCUGUCUUUAAAAAGACAAUGUUGUUAAGUUUUUAAAGGCAGUUGUCAUUAACGCUGCAAAAAAAACCACCCUCUUUACGCAAAAAUUUUGUCUAGUAACCUAUAUUAGUUAUUUAUAAAGCCUUGUUAUUUUAUAAUCCUUUCAAUAUACAUGAGGCAAAAUAGCCUGCGAAAAUAUCCGUUUCUCCUCGCUCUUCGCCGAUGGGGACGUUUCGCGCGGAGGAACGUCUGCGACUCAGCGACAGAAAUUCCAUACUGAUGACGUAAAAUCUGUCGGGAAUCCGGUCAGAAGCGCUGAUUGGUCGACGGAGUAAUUACAUUGUUCUAGCUAUUGUUUACGAAUGACAGACAAGAGACAAAAGGCCACAAAGGUCAAAUGUAAACGCGAAGAAUCUCUAACAAAACAGUCAAUAUUUGUGGAAUAUAGUCUUCUCUAGAAGAAGCAUUUGAGUUUUGCUGUAGCUUGUUGGCAGAUGAACACAACACUUAACCAAAAUCGACCAGAAGACACGUAAAAUUGGACAAAUUUGUAUUUGGAACCACUUAUUAUGUAAACGCUGGAUUGCGUCAUCAGUAUGGAAUUUCUGCCGCUGAGUCGCAGACGUUCCUCCGCGCGAAACGUCCCCAUCGGCGAAGAGCGAGGAGAAACGGACGUUUUCGCAGGCUAGAGGCAAGACGCCUGGAGUGUCAUAUCGAUAUGCUCUUUAACAACAGUUCUCACUGUGCCUUAUCAACCAAUUAACAAUAUUGUUUAGUUAAAUGUCUUCUUUUGCUUUUUUAUUUCGUGUCGCUAAAUUUGGAAGGUUUUAUCAUGUAAUCGGCAUGCAACGUUCUUUUAUAUCGUUCCAACUACGUGCACCUCCGCUUCCCAUUUGCGGGUUGAGCCUCUUGAGCAACCAACCAUCUUUACAUUUCUUUGUCACGAUUUCUGCAGAAUUUAAAGGAAAAAUAUCCUUAAAAUAACCUUCACCGGGGCGAAAAGCGAUAAAUUUGAUAGCUACCUUCCUUUCUCCAUAAUAAGUCGUUUUAAAUUACAUUUUGGGCGAUUUUUAUCAUUGAAGUCACACCUGCAUGCUGGACUGAACUGAAAAAAACUUGCACGGAAAGAUUACAAGACUACUACAUUUCCUUGUGUUUUACUUACAAGGAAAUUAUUUCAUAUCUCAAGAAAAUCGUACAGUAAAUCUUUUAGUUGAGUUCAGUAAAUUCUAGGAAUCUACCGCCAUUAACAGAGUUAAUUACGAAAGCUAUUGAACAAACAACCUCAUUUGUCAUCUUAAGUGAGGAGGAAAAUUGACGCCAAGCCUUUAAAGUCACCGAGCCUCGAACCUCAGAACUUGUCAAUCUUGUUUUCUCUCGUCAAACUGGUAUUCAUAGUACGAACAUCCGUUUCAGAUUGAUAAACCCAUGGUCAUAAACCGAUGAGCCCGCUGUGCAAAGCGCACGACUAUUAAGCCUGGGUUCCAAACUGUAUCCAAACAACAAGCAGCACAUGCUCACGCUACCUUUGUUACUCGAUUGAUGCAGAGUCUUGCUCGAGUAUGCCAAAAUCGAGCCAGUGAAGCAAAGCGGGCUUUGGUAGCAGGGUGUCAACACAAAAUUAUACUCUAUGUCAUGAUGUGAAACUAAAAAGUUCCAUCCAAUAAGAACUUGCGUCUCACACCAUCUGUGAAUCUUAUCGAUCUUAUUAAAUGUAUAAGUCCUUUCCCACAUGAUCUUAUAUAUUCUCCCUAUUCUCCAAAGGUUCUUGUUUUCUCUCCUAACGCGAGGCCAUUAUUGUUUCCAAAUUUCAAUUCGCUUUGAGUCCAAGCGUCACGUACAGAUUUAUCAGUCUUAGCUCAAGCCUUUCACACUCGUUCAUAUAAGAUAUCUCGCCUAGACUUUAAUGGUAUAAUAUUCUAUCCAAUUACUGAUUGCCUUUUAAAAAGGUUACAGCGCAUCCAGUUUGAAGCAGCCAGUUUUGUUUUUGGACGCUAUGUGAACAAUAUUGACUCUAUCCUUAAUAGGCUGGUUGCCUAUGAAAGAACGUAGAGAAUGGCACGUUCUAAAGGCCGCGCACAAAGCUAUAUACUCCCAUGAUUGGCCCAGAAACCUUCAGCUUGAGCAAGUAAGACAUGCUAGAAAUUUACGGUCAUCAAGUACCAUAAAUCUAGUUAUUCCCUAUGCCUCGGACACUUUUCAGUAUAGCGAGGCAGCCCUCUUCAAUUCUCUGCCAUCCAAUGUUAAAUGCUGUGAUAAUUUUAAAUCCUUCAGUAAGCAAACAUUAUGUAUUUUAAGGGAGCGCUGCCGGAAUAGGGCGCAAUAAUUUCUUGCAUAGUUUUAAAUAAUGUAUAUAUUGUAUUAAUUAUUUUUACUUUUUAUUACCUAGCUUUUUUUUACAAAUUCAUAAUUCAGAUUUAUGUAUUUUUUUCCCUUUUAAAUUCCUUGUUUUAAUCUUAUAUCAGGCGACGAGCCAUACCAUGGAUGUAAUAAUAUUAAACCGUUAUUAUUAUUAUUAUUAUUGUUAUUAAGACCUACAUCCUACAAGAAUGAGUUAGGCACGCAAAGUCAGGUCGGCUUUAGUUAACUUUGUUAGUUUCUAUAAAACACAGCGCCGACAAGUCUUUUAGACUCUUUCUUUAUGUCCCUUUUGAAAAAAGCAUAAGCCAGCGGGUUACUGGCCGAGUUUAAAACCAAGACAGGAAUUUUGUACUUUUUAUCAUUACAUUUUGAUGAGGAUAGUAAUAGAAAACCACAACGCAGAUACAUCCCAUAGCAAACAAGAGACACUCCUAUCACAAGACCCAUCAUUAUUACUGCAGACUUCUCACGGUGGGUUUUAAAAGACACCUUAUGGUUAAAACGUAACUGUUUUGCUAAAGUGCGUGCAGACUGAUCAUGCCUGCAUACAUGAAAUAUCAUUGAUACAAAGCAGAGUAUUAACACAACACAUAUAAGAAACUGGGGAAUUAUGACCAGCCAAGUAAAAGGACAGGCCUUGUUUUGAAAUAAGACAAUACAAAGGGCAUGUCUUAGCGUAGUAUAACCAACUGGCAGAGCCCAAGAGAAGAAAAUAGCUUGGGACAUUCGACGGCGAGUCAUAAAAGUAAUGUAUUUUAGAGGAUGGACGAUGGCAAAUAAACGCUCCAGUACUAAACCGCAUAAGUUUGCAGCAGACGUGUUACUAAACAACAGCCCAAUAAAAAGUUGAGGCCUCCUGUCGCAGGUGUUUGCAAUGUCGCAGAAAAACAGAGAAGGAAUAACGAUCAAACCAACGAAGAAAUCCGCCACGGCGAGUGAAGCAAUAAACGCGUUGGUUUUAGUGCGGAGAUUUCCUCUGCUACAGACGAGGAAGAUUGUUAUUCCAUUUCCAAGGAUGGUCAGGAAUGAAAGAACCCAGCCAAGAAUCCAAAACCAGGUCUCCAUUCUUAACAUGCACAGUUAUAGGAAGUUGUUAUCAACUGUAGAAUAUGACCAACAUCUUGCAUAUAUAUCAGGGACACAUGUCAACUGGUUACUAUGGAGCGUUUUCCCAUGACAUCACGGCGGCCAUAUUGGUGUUCCAAAACAAUGAAACGGCGGCCAUAUUGGCGUGCCAACCAAUCCUGUGGGAGUUGACUACACUCUUUUCUUAUGUAAACGCUCUCUUUUGUUCCAAUCAAUUUGCAUAGGUGCUGGCCACGUGAGUGAAAACGCUGUAUUUGUAAUAAUUUGCUAAUUGAUGUCGUAAUAAUUUGUCUUGCGCUGUGCUAUAACAAAACUUUGCAGCAAGACGAUAAUAUAUUAAAUACCUAACGUUUCUUUGUGCGUUUGAUAAUAAAAUAAGUACAAAAUGUUUUAAUAAAUUCUUGAAAUCUAAUACAUUGUUAAAGACAUAAAAGUGUUUUUUGUCUUAUCGCUUAAUUUCGAAGAUUUUAUCAUGUAGCGUUUUUUAAUGUACCGUUCCAGCAGUGGACAUCUCGUCUACUUUUAUAGAAUCUACAGAAAAAAUAUACAUACAUAUACAUAGCUGUAAUAAAAAAUACAUUUUUCCUACAUUCUUGAUAAAUUAAAGCGUGCCAGUUAUUUUAUAUUUCGGACUUUCUGACGAUUUUACGUUGAUUCUCUCCCAAUCUUGACCAACAAUAGAGAAGGAUAACUGUUUGCGCAUUAGAUAAUUUUACACAAUUAAACAAAUAAAAAAAUGGCGGAAAAUUUUUGGCAAGCUUUGCAAAGAAAAUGAAAUAGCCAGCGCUACUUUUUGCCAAUGUUUGAUGGAACACACUUCCCUUACUGAAUCGUUCCUGUGUUUACCGCUAGAACAGACAAAAUUUUAAGACAUCGUUCGAGGUAAGCAUAGGUAGUUCAGAUACCGUAAAAUUCCGAAAAUAAGCCCCUCCAAAUAUAAGCCCCCCAAACUCAUAACGCAAAAAACCCUCCGUUAAAUCUCCCCUCCAAAUAUAAGCCCCCCCGGGGGCUUGUACUUGGAAAUUGCCCUCAAAUACAAAGUAAAACAAAGAAAAAACGGUAAAUUUCCUUCUAACUAUAAGGCUAGCCCAAUCGAUCUUGAAACGUACAUUUCCCUCCGUACAUAAGCCCCUCCAAAAAUAAGCCCCUGAAAAAUAUAAGCCCCGGGGCUAAUACCGCAUAGGAAAAAGUUUUCUUGAAAAUCUGCUCCGAAAUGAGAUUUACGACAAUGAAAUAUUAGCAAUUUUCAAAAAUUUGCCGGGAAUUCAAAAUAACCGUUAUAAUCCUGUUAUUAGCCUUAAAACAUUUGUCAAUACCUCCUACCCUUACUUGUCACUUUUAGUUUGGUCAUUUUAUGGCGGUGGCCACCCGUUACCGUUUUUGAGAAUUUUCUGGAGAAGAAAAAAAAAAUUUCAACAAAAAAAUUACACCACAUUUAUUGACUCACUAUAAGGUAUCUCUGGACGAAAUAUGAGGAUCGAUAGGCAUUUUUUUCCAUCACGUGCCACCUUUCACUCGGUCACCGCAGAAAGUCGCUCUUAAACAAGCGUGAAAUUAACGUUUUUGUUUUUGUGUAGGAAGAGAAUUGUAUUUUGUUUUGCCUUCCCUGCAAACUGAUAGUUAAUUAUAACCUCAGUCCAUCCCAGGUGUGAAUGAAAUGUUUGAAAAAAAACGUUAAAGGACGAUAUGUAUGAACAUAUUUAUGUAUAUAUCAUUUGAUAUCUAUACAGGCAACACUGGAAAUUUUUUUUCUGAUUCCCUAUGGCACGGCGAAAAGCCAUCUUUAUCUUCCCACACAAGUUUUAAAGCAGUUAGUUUGCCUUAAGUUUAACUGAGAACGGUGGAAGACUUUGUAAAUAAUUUGUGAUAAUCGUCUUAAAUUGCAUUAGCGGUUGUUAUUUGUUUUUGUCAGUCUGAAAAUUGCUCUUUUUUGUCUGUUUAAGGUGGUUGGACUUGUUUUUUUUUUUUUUUUAGGAAUUCAUUCGAUUCAUGAAUCGCAUCCUGAGUGAUGUGAAAUUCAAGUUAAAAUCUUUGUUAUUGAAGCUCAUCGAUAAAAGAUUCUUAAAUUAAAACCACAAAAAAUUAAGAAGGCCAAGGGAUGGAUUAAAUGGCAGCUGGAAAUUGGUUAAAAAUUUUAACUGACAGAUGAGAAAUAAUAACAAGUAUUGAAUGACGCUGAAUAGAUAGAUUUGUAUAAUUCUUUAGAUCAUACAAAGCCGAAUUCCGUCAAUAAUUGCUUUUUUUAUUCCUUCCAAAAUAUUCAUAUCUAAACUACCAGAUGCUUAGCUCGAACGAUACCAUAAAGUUUUGUCUGUUCCGGGGGUACUGAAUACAUGGGCGAUUUAAGGGAUGUGUAGUCCAUCAGAUAUUGUUCAAAAAGUAGUUAUCUCAUCUGUGGUGUUUUAUAGUCUUGAGCAGUAAUUAGUACUCCUGGCUAUUUCAUUUUCUUCGCAAAACGUGCCAGGAGUUUUCCGUCAUUUUUUUAAUUUCCCUAAUGGUGUAAAUUAUCUGAUAUGCAAAAAAUUGUUCUCUUCAUCGGUCAAGAGAUGAAGAGAAUCAACAUAACAUCGUCAGAAAGUCAGAAGUAUAAAAUAACUAGCAGGAUUUAAUUUAUCAAGGAGAAACGAAAAAUGUGUUUUUUUUAUUACAGCCAUCAAAAUUUGGCAUAGUCUUAUUCGCCCACUCAAACGAACGAAAACAUUUUUCUGUAGGUUCUUUAAAAAUUUGUUAUAAAAGAACUCAGUGUGACAGGCAACCUAGCCCCUGCCGAAGGUGCUGUCAGAUGGGAUAUGAUGUGCCGCUUUAUAGGGUAUAGUUCUCAAGCAGUAAAUUAAGAAUAGGUUUGGGCAUAGUAUAGAAAUCAGACAGCAAUUCUUGGAUAGGGAGGGGUUUGGGAAGUUUAGUUUGAUAGGGUACCAAAAUUCAGCUGAACCAGAAGUAUAGGCUAGGUGGUCCAGUGUCCCACCGGCACAUUGCCACCCGAAAAUUUCGAAACAUUCCCCCCCUCCCCGACCCUGGGGAAAGAACUUCCUUUAACUGUUAAGAUUGAGACCUGCAUGGUUUUGGAUUCUUGGCUGGUUUCUUUCAUUUCUAACCAUCACUGGAAAUAGAUUUACAAUCUUCCUCGUUUGCAGCAAACGAAAUCUUGGCACCACUUGCCGUGGCGGAUUUCAGUGUUAGUUUGAGCGUUAUUCCUUCUCUGUUCUUCUGCGAUAUUACAAACACCUACGACUGGCCUCAACAUAGCCCUCUCGUGGGUGAAUUUUACAAGAUGGUUGUUUUAGUAACACGUCUGUUGAAACUUAUGCGGCUUCAGUAUUGGAUCGUUUUGUUGCCAUCGUCCAUCCUCUACAAUACACUGCUUUCAUGACUCGCCGUCGAAUUACCCAAGUUGUUUCCUUCUCUUGGUUUCUAAUCGUUAGUUAUAAUGUGCUAAAAGUUAGCCAUUAAAUGAUUUAUUUCUAAACAAUAGAUAUUCCAGUAAACAAAUGCACCAACUCGAGGCUCUGGAGGACAAAAUACAGUGAUUUGUAUGAAAUUAUCCACCUGAGCCUCGUCCACAUUUCUUUAUGUUUUCUAACUGGAGCGUAAUGCGGGAAAGGUCUAUACCUUGUCCCUUAUAUUUGGCUGAGUAUAAUUUUCUUCGAGUUCCUUUCAGUGUUGUAUUAAUAUUCUGCUUUGUAUCAAUGAUAUUUCAUGUAUGCAGGCAUGAUCAGUCAGCACGCACUUUAGCAAAACAGUUACGUUUUAACCAUCAGGUGUCUUUUAAAACCUACCGUGAGAAGUCUGCAGUAGUAAUGAUGGGUAUUGUACGGGUGAUAGGAGUGUUUCUUGUUUGCUAUGGGAUGUAUCUACGUUGUAGUUUCCACUACUAUUCCAGACUACGAUAACCUCAUCGCCAUGCAAUGAAAAAAACUACAAAAUUCCUGUCUUGGUUUUAAACUUGGCCAUUAACCCGCUUUAAAAGACUUGUCGGUGCUGUGUUUUAAAGAACAUAACAAAGUUCACUAAAGCCGACUUGACUUUACGUGCAUCACUCAUACUUGUAGGAUGUAGGUCUUCGAUAUGAACGUGUGUGAAAGGCUUGAGCUAAGAGUGAUAAAUCUGUAACGCUUGGACUCAAAGCGAAUUUUAGCCGUUAGUUAUAAACACCAUGAACCGCAAAACCUUUUUCUAACCGAAAUUUUUGUCAUUUAGAAAAGGUCAACAGUACUUAUUACGACCUCUUUACACGUCUUGUCUCGUGCCUGAUGGACCCUGUUUAAUUAAAAUUUAAUUAAGUUUACAGCGUUUCCUGAUUAUAAUUCAACUAAAAGAAUAAUGAUGUUACAUCGUCGAUUGCUUAUCAGGAACCUUUUGAUUAGUAUAAUUGUAUAAAUUAUUAUUUUUUUUUUUAUGCAAGCAGGCGGUUGGCCUGUUCAUUGGUCAAGAGGGAAGAGAACCAUCAUAAAAUCUUCUGAAAGUCUGUAUGAAUAACUAUAUAAUUGUAGCUAUAAAUUAUCUUCAAGGACAAAGGAAAAUGCAUUUUUUAUUACAGCUAUCAAUAUGUUUCAUAUUCCAAUUCGCCCUACUCAAACGAACGUAAACAAUAAAGAUUCUGUAAAAUUUGUGAUAAAAAACUCAGUUUUGGUUGGCUGCUCUUGUAGCCCAACCCCAGAAGAGUGGACGAGAUGUCCAUUGCUGGAAUUAAAGGUACAUUUAAAAUGCUUCUCAACAAGAUUUUCAAAAUUUAGCCGAUAAGAAAAAGAACAGUUUUACCUUAACAUGAAUGUAGUAGAGUCCUAGAAUUUACCAGGACAUUUUGGACCUUUUCGUUGUUUCAAAUGUCUUGAUUAUUAUGAAACUACUUAGGUAGUUAUAUUAUCUUAAUUCUUGACGCAAAUUAAUUGUUACAGCUCAGUCCAAUGCAAAGUAUCAUGACAUUAAUUAGCACCGUAAUUAGUAAACGAUUAGUACCACCGCGGGGGGGGGGGGGAGGGUACUCCCCAUUAUAGCCUACACGGUUAGGCUCCGCCCAAGAGGGGUAUCUUUUCAGGUUUUGGGUGUAUAUAUGAAAGAUAUGUAAGGAUAGGGGCCUCUAGCUACUGUAAGUAUAUGAAAAAGUGGGGAAAUCUGUCAUUUUGGUCUGUAAAAUUAAGUACCAAAAAAAAGAACUAGCAGAUACCUCUCGCGGAUGUGCAAUAGACAGGAAAACUGCCUAGUUCAAAAAACGGUCCAUUUACAGCAGUUAAAACUCGUUUAGGUUUCUAUGUAAACUAAAUAUGUGAAAGGGAUAUCAUUUGUCAAUGGAAGGUAUACGCCAAAAAGGAUACCUUUUCUGAUAAAAAUGGUAUAUAAAAGGGUAGGGGUUGUACAUCGUGUGGAGCCUCACCUUAAAAAACGUGUUAACUCGCUGAGUACCCCCAACUCCCUCGAGAAAGUGAAAAAUAAAUGUGACCCUGAUAUUUAUACAAAGAUGUGAGUUAUCUGUCAGUUAAUAAAAACUUCCUUUAACUGUUACUACGGAUGGAGACUUGGUCUUUGGAUUCUUUGCUGGUUUCUUUCAUUUCUGACCAUCGCUGGAAAUGUAUUCACAAUCCUCCUCGUCUGCAGCAGACGAAAUCUAUAUAUAUAUGCACCAAAACCAACGCAUUUAUUGUUUCACUCGCCUUGGCGGAUUUCUUUGUUGGUUUGAGCGUUAUUCCUUCAGGGUUCUUCUGCGACAUUACAAACACCUGCUACUUGCCUCAAGUUUGGUUCUCGCGGGUGAAUUUUAUAAAGACGCGCGACUUUAGCUGGUUAAAAAAAUGUACCUUCAAUUUAUUCUAAAUUGCGGCAGAUAGUUGAUACAAAUUGCGACAGGUAUUACCGAAAAUCACGACAAAAGUGCAAAUUAAUUACCACACUACGAAUUGUGACGGUUAUUCCAAGUUACGACGACCGAACAGGGUUUUGUAUUCGGCUUUCCUUAACAUCUCGAUGCAAAUGAAUUUUAUAGUUAUACUGAAACAAGCUUUGAGUACCUCUCACUUCCUUUCUCUGACAAAUCUUGAUCAAUAAAAUGACAGCCCUUCAAAAUCUGAAUCUAGAAGAAAAUGGCUUUCGAGGUCAUGAAAAAUGAAAAUACUUUGUCUGCUUUGUGUGAUACCUGUAUGCGGAUAAUGCAUUCCGUGCUUAGUUCUUUCAGUUUUCAGCCAAAGGUGUAGUCGACGUCGCAGACUAUGCUCACCUGAUAGCCUGCGUAGUAAGCGUUUCCCAGGCGUGCGCGGGUUUCGGAGCAAAGAACGAGGAACGAGAGUCAAAACCCGCGCGAAAAUCCCGUUCCUCGGUCUCUCUUUGCUCUGAAACAAAACGGAAUCGCUUGCUACGCAGGCUUCUCACCUGACACUAAUGGGCAAACUCUUUAUAAAGAGUUUAUAAAAUUUAUUUAUUAUAUAGACACGAGUGUUUUACUGGAAUAAAUACCACUCGCAAAAUUCAUAAAAACUACAUCCGGGACCCGAGUGGUUUAUUUUCCAUAAUCUCACACGUGAGUUUAUCGAUGACGUAAUUUCGGUAGGUUCAUACAUAUCUUCGCGCCACCGUGUAAUAUCCUCUAUAUAUGUAGUAUUUCUUGCAAACAAAAAUAGGUAAAAAAAAAGCUCUAUGACGCAAAGGUAUUAAUAUGAAUAAAGCAAGGAGAAAAAAAUAUACUGAUCACGAUGUGAAAAAGAAAUGUUACGAAGAGAAAUUUCGUCUCGGCUCCGGACCGUUGUAAACCUUGAGCUUGAUUCUCACAGUCCCGUUGUUACGUGUUAUUCUAAGUCAAUUUACAUUUAUUUAAGACAUUUUUCGUACAAAAGUCAAUUAUGUUGGUGGAAGCCUUUAAUUGGCGCUCUGUCUUUAAAAAGACAAUGUCGUUAAGUUUUUAAAGGCAGUUGUCAUUAUCUGUGCAAAAAAACACCCUCUUUACGCAAAAAUUUUGUCUAGUAACCUUUAUUAGUUAUUCAUAAAGACUUGUUAUUUUAUAAUCCUUUCAAUAUACAUGACGCAAGACGCCUGAAGUGUCAUGUCGAUAUGCUCUUUAACAACAGUUCUCACUGUGCCUUAUCAACCAAUUAACAAUAUUGUUUAGUUAAAUGUCUUCUUUUGCUUUUUUAUUUCGUGUAGCUAAAUUUGGAAGGUUUUAUCAUGUAAUCGGCAUGCAACGUUCUUUUAUAUCGUUCCAGCUACGUGCUCCUCUGCUUCCCAUUUGCGGGUUGAGCCUCUUGAGCAACCAACCAUCUUUACAUUUCUUUGUCACGAUUUCUGCAGAAUUUAAAGGAAAAAUAUCCUUAAAAUAACCUUCACCGGGGCGAAAAGCGAUAAAUUUGAUAGCUAUCUUCCUCUUUCUCCAUAAUAAGUCGUGUUUAAUUACAUUUUAGGCGAUUUUUAUCAUUUCAGUCACACCUGCAUGCUGGACUGAACUGAAAAAAACUUGCACGGAAAGAUUACAAGAUUACUACAUUUCUUUAAUUUCUUUGUGUUUUACGUACAAUGAAAUUUUUCAUAUCUCAAGAAAAUCGUACAGUAGAUCUUUUAGUUCAGUUCAGUAAAUUUUAGGAAUCUACCGCCAUUAACAGAGUUAAUUACGAAAGCUAUUGAACAAACAACCUCAUUUGUCAUCUUAAGUGCGGAGGAAAAUUGACGCCAAGCCUUUAAAGUCACCGAACCUCAAACUUCUGGACUUGUCAAUCUUGUUUUCUCUCGUCAAACUGGUAUUCAGAGCGCGAGCAUCCGUUUCAGAUUGAUAAACCGAUGGUCAUAACCGAUGAGCCCGCUGUACCAAGCGCACGGCUAUUAAACCUGGGUCCAAACUGUAUCGAGGCAACAAGCAGCACAUGCUCACGCUAUCUUUGUUACUCGAUUGAUGCAGAGUCUUGCUCGAGUUUGCCAAAAUCGAGCCAGUGAAGCAAAGCGGGCUUUGGUAGCAGGGUGUGAACACAAAAUUAUACUCUAUGCCAUGAUGUGAAACUAAAAAUCAAAGUUCCAUCCAAUAAGAUCUUGCGUCUCACACCAUCUAUGACUGGAAAUAGAUUUACAAUCUUCCUCGUUUGCAGCAAACGAAAUCUUGGCACCAAUUGCGUUGGCGGAUUUCAGUGUUGGUUUAAGCGUUAUUCCUUCUCUGUUCUUCUGCGAUAUUACAAACACCUGCGACUGGCCUCAACAUAGCCUCUCGUGAGUGAAUUUUACAAGAUGGUUGUUUUAGUAACACGUCUAUUGAAACUUAUGCGUCUUCAGUAUUGGAUCGUUUUAUCGCCAUCGUCCAUCCUCUAAAAUACAUUGCUUUCAUGACUCGCCGUCGAAUUACCCAAGUUCUUUCCUUCUCUUGUUUUCUAACAGUUAGUUAUAAUGUGCUAAAAGUUACCCUUUAAAUGAUUUAUUUCUAAACAAUAGAUAUUCCAGUAAACAAAGGCACCAACACGAGGCUCUGGAGUACAAAAUACAGUGAUUUGUAUGAAAUUAUUCAGCCGAGCCUCGUCCACAUUUCUUUAUGUUUUCUAACUGGAGCGUAAUGCGGGAAAGGUCUAUACCUCGUCCCUUAUAUUUGGCUGAGUAUAAUUAUCUUCGAGUUCCUUUCAGUGUUGUAUUAAUAUUCUGCUUUCAGAUCAAUGACAUUUCAUGUACGCAAGCAUGAUCGGUCAGCAUGCAUCGUCUUAUUUCAAAACAAGGCCUGUCCUUUUAUUUGGCUGAUCAUAAUUCCCCUGCUUCUUAUAUGUGUUGUGUUAAUAUUCUGCUUGGUAUCAAUGAUAUUUCAUGUAUGCAGGCAUGAUCAGUUAGCACCCACUUUAGCAAAACAGUUACGUUUUAACCAUCAGGUGUCUUUUAAAACCCACCUUGAGAAGUCUGCAGUAAUAAUGAUGGGUAUUGUGAUAGGAGUGUUUCUUGUUUGCUCUGGGAUGCAUCUACGUUGUAGUUUCUACUACUAUUCCAGACUACGAUGAUCUCAUCGCCAUGCAAUGAAAAAAACUACAAAAUUCUUGUCUUGGUUUUAAACUCGGCCAUUAACCCGCUUUAAAAGACUUGUCGGUGCUGUGUUUUAAAGAACAUAACAAAGUUAACUAAAGCCGACUUGACUUUACGUGCAUCACUCAUACUUGUAGGAUGUAGGUCUUCGAUAUGAACGUGUGUGAAAGGCUUGAGCUAAGAGUGAUAAACCUGUAACGCUUGGACUCAAAGCGAAUUUUAGCCCUUAGUUACAAACACCAUCAACCGCAAAACUUUUUGUAACCAAAAUUUUUGUCAUUUAGAAAAGGUCAACAUUACUUAUUACGACCUCUUUACACGUCUUGUCUCGUGCCUGAUAGACCCUGUUUAAUUAACAUUUAAUUAAGUUUACAGCGUUUCCUGAUUAUAAUUCAACUAAAAGAAUAAUGAUGUUACAUCGUCGAUUGCUUAUCAGGAGCCUUUUGAUUAGUAUAAUUGUAUAUUUUUUUUUUUUUUUAUGCAGACAGGCAGUUGCCCUGUUCAUUGAGGGAAGAGAACCAUCAUAAAAUCUUCUGAAAGUCUGAAUAACUAUAUGAUUGUAGCUAUAAACUGAAUUAUCUUCAAGGAGAAAGGAAAAUGCAUUUUUUAUUACAGCUAUCAAAAUGUUUCAUAUUCCAAUUCGCCCCACUCAAACGAAUGUAAACAAUAAGGAUUCUGAAUUGUGAUAAAAAACUUAGUGUUGGUUGGUUGCUCUUGUAGCCCAACCCCAGAAGAGUGGACGAGAUGUUCAUUGCUGGAAUUAAAGGUACAUUUAAAAUGCUUCACAACAAAAUUUUCAAAAUUAAGCCGAUAAGAAAAAGAAGAGUUUUACCUUAACAAUAUGAAUGUAGUAGAGUCCUAGAAUUUACCAAGACAUUUUGUAUCUUUUCGUUGUUUCAAAUGUAUUGAUUAUUAUGAAACUAUACUUAGGUAGUUAUGUUGUCUUAAUUCUUGACGGAAAUUAAUUGUUACAGCUCAGUCGAACGCAAAGUAUAAUGACAUUAAUUAGCACCGUAAUUAGUAAACGAUUAGCACCACCGCGGAGGGGGGGAGGGGGAAGGGUACUCCCUAUUAUAGCCUACACGGUUAGGCUCCGCCCAAGAGGGGUACCUUUUCAGGCUUUGGGUGUAUGUAUGAAAGGUAUGAAAGGAUAGGGGCUUCUAGCUACUGUAAGUAUACGAAAAAGUGGGGAAAUCUGUCAUUUUGGUCUAUAAAAUUAAGUACCAAAAAAAGAACUAGCAGAUACAUUUUGUGGAUGUGAAAGAGACAAGAAAACUUCCUAGUUCAAAAAACGGUCCAUUUACAGUAGUUAAAACUCAUUUAGUUUUCUAUGUAAACUAAAUAUGUGAAAGGGAUAUCAUUUGUCAAUGGAAGGUAUACGCCGAAAAGGGUACCUUUUCUGAUGAAAAUGUUAUAAAAGGGUAGGGGUUAGACAUCGUGGGGAGCCUCCCCGUAAAAACGUGUUAACUCUUUGUGUACCCCCAACUCCCUCGAGAAAGUGAAAGAUAAAUGUGACCCUGAUAAAUGUGAGUUAUCUGUCAGUCGAUAAAAACUAACUUUAACUGUUACUAGGGAUGGAGACCUGGUCUUUGGAUUCUUUGCUGGUUUCUUUCAUUUCUGACCAUCGCUGGAAAUGGAUUUACAAUCUUCCUCGUCUGCAGCAGACGAGAUCUACGCACCAAAACCAACGCGUUUAUUGUUCCACUCGCCGUGGCGAUUUCUUUGUUGGUUUGAGCGUUAUUCCUUCAGGGUUCUUCUGCGACAUUACAAACACCUGCUACUUGCCUCAAGUUUGGUUCUCGUGGGUGAAUUUUAUAAAGGAGGGCGACUUAAGCUGAUUAAAAAAAUGCACCUUCAAUUUAUUCUAAAUUGCGGCAGAUAGUUGAUACAAAUUGCGACAGGUAUUACUGAAAAUUACGACAAAAGUGCAAAUUAAUUACCACACUACGAAUUGCGACGGUUAUUCCAAGUUGCGACGACCGAACAGGGUUUGCAUUCGGCUUUCCUUAACAUCUCGAUGCAAGUGAAUUUUAUAGUUAUACUGAAACAAGCUUUGAGUACCUCUCACUUCCUUUCUCUGACAAAUCUUGAUCAAUAAAAUGACAGUCUUUCAAAACCAUUCGAUAUUUAUAGGUACUUCUGUCAGCAGCACAAAAGACUGUCUCUUAUCAGGUACUGCGAGUUACUUAUUUUGCCUGAGUAAGUUUCCGCCGUUGUCGUUAACCAAUCAGAUGCCAGAAAAUAAAAAUACAUAUCAAUUAAACAAGACGUAUAUAAGCCUGCAGAAUGUAAUCUACCUGGUAUGUUUCGUUAAACUUAACGCUUGAAAACUGAAGCUGAAGCUGAAUCUAGAAGAAGAUGGCUUUCGAGGUCAUGAAAAAUGAAAAUACUUUGUUUGCUUUGUAUGAUUCCUGUAUGCGGAUAAUGCAUUCCGUGCUUAGUUGUUUCUGUUUUCAGCCAAAGGUGUAGUCGACGUCGCAGACUAUGCUCACCUGAUAGCCUGCGUAGUAAGUGUUUCUCCGGCGUGCGCGGGUUUCGGAGCAAAGAACGAGGAACGAGAGUCAAAACCCGCGCGAAAAUCCCGUUCCUCGGUGUCUCUUUGCUCCGAAACAAAACGGAAUCGCUUGCUACGCAGGCUUCUCACCUGACACUAAUGGGCAAACUCUUUAUAAAGAGAUUAUAAAAUAUUUCAUGCAAACGAAAAUAGGUAAAAAAAAAAAAAAAAGCUCCAGGAUGCAAAGGUAUUAAUGAAUAAAGCAAGGAAAAAAAAUAUACUGAUCACGAUGUGAAAAAGAAAUGUUACGAAAAGAAAUUUCGUCUCGGCUCCUGACCGUUGUAAACCUUGAGCUUGAUUCUCACAGUCCCGUUGUUACGUGUUAUUCGAAGUCAAUUUACAUUUAUUUAAGACCUUUUUCGUGCAAAAGUCAAUUAUGUUGGUGGAAGCCUUUAAUUGGCGCUCUGUCUUUAAAAAGACAAUGUCGUUAAGUUUUUAAAGGCAGUUGUCAUUAUCUGUGCAAAAAAACACCCUCUUUACGCAAAAAUUUUGUCUAGCAACCUUUAUUAGUUAUUUAUAAAGCCUUUUUAUUUUAUAAUCCUUUCAAUAUACAUGAGGCAAGACGCCUGGAGUGUCAUGUCAAUAUGCUCUUUUACAACAGUUCUCACUGUGCCUUAUCAACCAAUUAACAAUAUUGUUUAGUUAAAUGUCUUCUUUUGCUUUUUUAUUUCGUGUCGCUAAAUUUGGAAGGUUUUAUCAUGUAAUCGGCAUGCAACGUUCUUUUAUAUCGUUCCAGCUACGUGCUCCUCUGCUUCCCAUUUGCGGGUUGAGCCUCUUGAGCAACCAACCAUCUUUACAUUUCUUUGUCACGAUUUCUGCAGAAUUUAAAGGAAAAAUAUCCUUAAAAUAACCUUCACCGGGGCGAAAAGCGAUAAAUUUGAUAGCUACCUUCCUCUUUCUCCAUAAUAAGUCGUUUUUAAUUACAUUUUAGGCGAUUUUUAUCAUUGAAGUCACACCUGCAUGCUGGACUGAACUGAAAAAAACUUGCACGGAAAGAUUACAAGACUACUACAUUAAUUCUUUGUGUUUUACUUACAAUGAAAUUAUUCAUAUCUCAAGAAAAUCUUAGAGUAAAUCUUUUAGUUCAGUUCAGUAAAUUUUAGGAAUCUACCGCCAUUAGCAGAGUUAAUUACGAAAGCUAUUGAACAAACAACCUCAUUUGUCAUCUUAAGUGCGGAGGAACAUUGACGCCAAGCCUUUAAAGUCACCGAACCUCGAACUUCUGAACUUGUCAAUCUUGUUUUCUCUCGUCAAACUGGUAUUCAGAGCGCGAGCAUCCGUUUCAGAUUGAUAAACCGAUGGUCAUAACCGAUGAGCCCGCUGUACAAAGCGCACGGCUAUUAAGCCUGGGUCCAAACUGUAUCCAGGCAACAAGCAACACAUGCUCACUCUAUCUUUGUUACUCGAUUGAUUCAGAGUCUUGCUCGAGUUUGCCAAAAUCGAGCAAGUGAAGCAAAGCGGGCUUUGGUAGCAGGGUGUGAACACAAAAUUAUACUCUAUGCCAUGAUGUGAAACUAAAAAUUAAAGUUCCAUCCAAUAAAGUCUUGCGUCUCACACCAUCUGUGAAUCUUGAUCUUAUUACAUGUAUAAGUCCUUUCCCACAUGAUCUUAUAUAUUCUCCCUAUUCUCCAAAGGUUCUUGUUUUCUCUCCUAACGCGCGGCCAUUUUUUGCAAAUUUCAAUUCGCUUUGAGUCCAAGCGUCACGUACAGAUCUAUCAGUCUUAGCUCAAGCCUUUCACACUCUUUUAUAUAAGACCUACAUCCUACAAGAAUGAGUUACGCACGUAAAGUCUGGUCGGCUUUGGUUACCUUUGUUAUUUUCUAUAAAACACAGCGCCGGCAAGUCUUUUAAACUCUUUCUUUAUGUCUCUUUUGAAAAAAGCAUAAGCCAGCGGGUUAAUGGCUGAGUUUAAAACCAAGAUAGGAAUUUUGUAGUUUUCAUCUUUGCAUGGCGAUGAGCCCGAGGUUAUCGUACUAUUCUGAAAUAGUAGUAGAAAACCACAACGUAAAUACAUCCCAUAGCAAACAAGAAACACUCCUAUCACAAGACCCAUCAUUAUUACUGCAGACUUCUCACGAUGGGUUUUAAAAGACACCUGAUGGUUAAAACGCAACUGUCUUGCUAAAGUGCGUGCUGACUGAUCAUGCCUGCAUACAUGAAAUAUCAUUGAUACAAAGCAGAGUAUUAACGCAACACAUACAAGAAACAGGGGAAUUAUGAUCAGCCAAAUAAAAGGACAGGCCUUGUUUUGAAAUAAGAAAAUGCAAAGGGUAUGUUUCAGUGUAGUAUAACUAACUGGCAGAGUCCAAGAGAAGAAAAUAGCUUGGGUAAUUCGACGGCGAGUCAUAAAAGUAAUGUAUUUUAGAGGAUAGACGAUGGCAAUAAAACGAUCCAGUACUAAGGCGCAUAAGUUUCCAGCAGACGAGUAACCAAACAACAACCUUAUAAAAUUCACCCACGAUAGAAAAUGUUGAGGCCAGUCGCAGGUGUUUGUAAUGUCGCAAAAGAACAGAGAAGGAAUAACGCCCAAACCAACACAGAAAUCCGCUACCGCAAGUGAAACAAUGAACGCGUUGGUUUUAGUACGGAGAUUUCGUCUGCUGGAAACGAGGAAGAUUGUUAUUCCAUUUCCAAGGAUGGUCAGGAAUGAAAGAACCCAGCCAAGAAUCCAAAACCAGGUCUCCAUUCUUAACAGUGAAAGGAAGUUGUUAUCAACUGUAGAAUAUAACCAGCAUCUUGCAUAUAUAUCAAGGACACAUGUCAACUGGUUACUAUGGAGCGUUUUCCCAUGACGUCACGGCGGCCAUAUUGGUGUUCCAAAUCAAUGAAACGGCGGCCAUGUUGGCGUGCCAACCAAUCCUGUGAGAGUUGACUGAACUCUUUUCUUAUGUAAACGCUCUCUUUUGUUCCAAUCAAUUUGCAUAGGUGCUGGCCACGUGAGUGAAAACGCUGUAUUUGUAAUAAUUUGCUAAUUGAUGUCGUAAUAAUUUGUCUUGCGCUGUGCUAUAACAAAACUUUGCAGCAAGACGAUAAUAUAUUAAACACCUAACGUUUCUUUGUGCGUUUGAUAAUAAAAUAAGUACAAAAUGUUUUAAUAAAUUCUUGAAAUCUAAUAUAUUGUUAAAGACAUUAAAGUGUUUUUUGUCUUAUCGCUUAAUUUCGAAGAUUUUAUCAUGUAGCGUUUUUUAAUGUACCGUUCCAGCAGUGGACAUCUCGUCUACUUUUAUAGAAUCUACAGAAAAAAUAUACAUACAUAUACAUAGCUGUAAUAAAAAAAUACAUUUUUCCUACCUCCUUGAUAAAUUAAAGCGUGCUAGUUAUUUUAUAUUUCGGACUUUCUGACGAUUUUAUGUUGAUUCUCUCCACCUCUUGACCAACAAUAGAGAAGGAUAACUGUUUGCGCACUAGAUAAUUUUACACAAUUAAACAAAUAAAAAAAUGGCGGAAAAUUUUGGCAAGCUUUGCAAAGAAAAGGAAAUAGCCAGCGCUACUUUUUGCCAAUGUUUGAUGGAAUACACUUCCCUUACUGAAUCGUUCCUGUGUUUGCCGCCAGAACAGACAAAAAUUUAUGACAUCGUUCGAGGUAAGCAUAGGUAGUUUAGAUACCGUAAAAUUCCGAAAAUAAGCCCCUCCAUGUAUAAGUCCCUCCAAAUAUAAGCCCCCCAAACUCGUAACGCAAAAAACCCUCCGUUAAAUCGCCACUCCAAAUAUAAGCCCCCCCGGGGUCUUGUACUUUGAAAUUGCCCUCAAAUACAAAGUAAAACAAAGAAAAAACGGUAAAAUUUCCCUCUAACUAUAAGGCUAGCCCAAUCGACUUUGAAACGCACAUUUCCCUCCGUAGAUAAGCCCCACCAAUAAUAAGCCCCGGGGCUAAUACCGCAUAAGAAAGAAGAAGUUUUCUUGAAAACCUGCUCCGAAAUGAGAUUUACGACAAUGAAAUAUUAGCAAUUUUCAAAAAUUUGCCGGGAAUUCAAAAUAACCGUUAUAAUCCUUAUUGAGCCUUAAAUCCUUUGUCAAUGCCUCCUACGCACCCAUAUAAAUUUAAAAAUCCCUAAGUUCUUUCUGCGCUUUUGAGGAGCAAACUUCUUAUACCCUUACUUGUCGCUUUCAUUUUGGUCAUUUUAUGGCGGUGGCCACCCGUUACCGUUUUUGAGAAUUUUCUGGAGAAGAAAAAAAUAUUUCCAAAAAAAAAAAAUUACACCACAUUUAUUGACUCACUAUAAGGUAUCUAGGGACGAAAUAUGAGGAUAGGCAUUUUUUUCCAUCACGUGCCACCUUUCACUCGGUCACAGCAGAAAGUCGCUCUUAAACAAGCAUGAAGUUAACGUUUUUGUUUUUGUGUAGGGAGAGAAUUGUAUUUUGUUUUGCCUUCCCUGCAAACUGAUCGUUAAUUAAACUCAGUCCAUACCAGGUGUGAAUGAAAUGUUUUAAAAAACGUUAAGAGCACGAUAUGUAUGAUCAUAUUUAUGUAUAUAUCAUUUGAUAUCUAUACAGGCAUCACUGGAGAUUUUUUUUCUGAUUCCCUAUGGCACUGCGAAAAGCCAUCUUUAUCUUCCUACACAAGUUGGGUAAAGCAGUUAGUUUGCCUUAAGUUUAACUGAGAACGGUGGAAGAUUUUGUAAACAAUUUGUGAUAAUCGUCUUAAAUUGCAUUAGCGGUUGUUAUUUGUUUUUGUCAGUCUGAAAAUUGCUGUUUUUUGUCUGUUUAAGGUGGUUCGACUUGUUUUUUUUUUUAGGAAUUCAUUCGAUUCAUGAAUCGCUUCCUGAGCGAUGUGAAGUUUAAGUUAAAAUCUUUGUUAUUGAAGCUCAUCGAUAAAAGAUUCUUAAAUUAAAACCACAAAAAAUUAAGAAGGCCAAGGGAUGGAUUAAAUGGCAGCUGGAAAUUGGUUAAAAAUUUUAACUGACAGAUGAGAAAUAACAAGAAGUAUUGAAUGACGCUGAAUAGAUAGAUCUGUAUAAUUUUUCAGAUCAUACAAAAGCCGAAUUCAAUAAUUGCUUUUUUAUUCCUUCCAAAAUAUUCAUAUCUAAACUACCUAUGCUUACCUCGAACGAUACCAUAAAGUUUUGUCUGUUCCGGUGGUAAUGAAUACAUGGGUGAUUUAAGGGAUGUGUAGUCCAUCAGAUAUUGUUCAAAAAGUAGUUAUCUCAUCCGUGGUGUUUUAUAGUCUUGAGCAGUAAUUAGUACUCCUGGCUAUUUCAUUUUCUUCGCGAAACGUGCCAGGAGUUUUCCGUCAUUUUUUUAAUUUCCCUAAUGGUGUAAAUUAUCUGAUAUGCAAAAAAUUGUUCUCUUCACUGGUCAAGAGAUGGAGAGAAUCAACAUAACAUCGUCAGAAAGUCUAAAGUAUAAAAUAACUAGCAGUCUUUAAUUUAUCAAGGAGAAACGAAAAAUGUGUGUUUUUUUUUAUUACAGCCAUCAAAAUUUGGCAUAGUCUUAUUCGCCCACUCAAACGAACGAAAAGAUUUUUCUGUAGGUUCUUUAAAAUUUGUUAUAAAAGAACUCAGUGUGACAGGCAAAGCCCCUGCCGAAGGUGCUGUCAGAUGGGAUAUGAUGUGCCGCUUUAUAGGGUAUAGUUCUCAAGCAGUUAAUUAAGAAUGGGUUUGGGUAUAGAAAUCAGAGAGCAAUUCUUGGAUAGGGAGGGGUUUGGGACGUUUAGUUUGAUAGGGUACCAAAAUUCAGCUGAACCAGAAGUAUAGGCUAGGUGGUCCAGUGUCCCAGCGGCACAUUGCCACCCGAAAAUUUCUAAAGAAUCCCCCCUCCCCGCCCCUGGGGAAAGAACUUCCUUUAACUGUUAAGAUUGAGAACUGCAUGGUUUUGGAUUCUUGGCUUCUUGGUUUCUUUCAUUUCUAACCAUCACUGGAAAUAGAUUUACAAUCUUCCACGUUUGCAGCAAACGAAAUCUUGGCACUACUUGCCGUGGCGGAUUUCAGUGUUGGUUUGAGCGUUAUUCCUUCGCUGUUCUGCUGCGAUAUUACAAACACCUGCGACUGGCCUCAACAUAGCCUCUCGUGGGUGAAUUUUACAGGAUGGUUGUUUUAGUAACACGUCUGUUGAAACUUAUGCGGCUUCACUAUUGGAUCGUUUUAUUGCCAUCGUCCAUCCUCUAAAAUACACUGCUUUCAUGACUCGCGUCGAAUUACCCAAGUUUUUUCCUUCUCUUGGUUUCUAACAGUUAGUUAUAAUGUGCUAAAAGUUACCCUUUAAAUGAUUUAUUUCUAAACAAUAGAUAUUCCAGUAAACAAAGGCACCAACUCGAGGCUCUGGAGGACAAAAUACAGUGAUUUGUAUGAAACUGUCCACACUGUAAUUUUCAGGGAGUUAUAAUAACUCCUCUAGUGGGGCUAAUUUAACUCCUUACAGUGGAGUUAUUUUUCGUGGAGUUAUUUUAACUCCAAAAAGGAGUUUAAAGAACUCUUUUUCAGGAGUAAAAGUAACCCCAGAUAUUGAGGAGUUAAAAUAACCCCAAAAAAGGAGUUAUCCUGUACCUAAAAUUUUUACUCCACUUUCAGAGUUAAAUUAACUCCAAAAAGAGUAAAAACAACCCCUGUAAGGAGUACAAGUAACCCCAUUUCGGAGUAAUUUUAACUCCAAGACUGGGAGUAAAAAGAACUCUUUUUCAGGAGUAAAAAUGACCCCAAAUUCGGAGUUAACACAUUUUGUACCUAUUUUAUUGUCAAACAUACGAAGAAACGUUGUAAGGUCAGCAUUUAAUACACAGACCAAGGCAAAUUAUUAUGAGAUUAAUUGGCCAAUUAUUACAUAUAUACUUAAGACGAUUAAAGGAACAAAGAGUGCGUUACUUUUCACCCAAGUGGCCAGCAACUGUGCAAAUUUAUUGGAACAAAAGAGAACGUUUUAGUUAGACAAGAGUUCAACUCUCACAGGGUUGGUUGGAAUACCACCAUGGCCGCCGUUUCUAUUUUUUUGAAACACCAUUAUGGCCGCCAUGACGUCAUGUGAAAACGCUCCGUUACGUGACCCUAAUAUUUAAGCAAGAUGUUGGUUAUAUUCUACAGUUGAUAAAAACUUCCUUUAACUUCUAAGAUGGAGACCUGGUUUUGGAUUUUUGGCUGGUUUCUUUCAUUUUUAACCAUCAUUGGAAAUGGAUUUACAAUCUUUAUUAUAUACAUACUGAGAAAUACUCACCAAAAAGCUAUGUCGUAAAUUUUCGUACGCAAAUUAGUUAUAGCCAAUCAGAGGAGCGAACGAUGGUUUUCACACGUGAAAAAAACGAUACGUCCAAUCAGAAUCGCGAACGAUGUUUUUUCACGUGUGAGAAAAAUGAUACGUCCAAUCAGAAGCCACAGAGGUGUGCGAGUUUCGCGCCAAAAUUCCCGCCUUUUAUUGCAGCUUGCAGCGCCGCUUCGCACACAUUUAUCAACGAGAAAAGUUUUACUCAAGGAGUUUUUCUCGCUAAAAAAGUGAAAAACAUUUCGGAAAUGGAGUGGAAUAGUUUCGUUUGUUUCACUGUCGAUAAAAAAAUACGGUAGAGAGCCGGCGAAACAACAGCGGAAAGGGAUAAACAGAACGAGACGUAAGCUUUUGUUGUGCUUUUUGUCGGAGCUACUUUGCCUUUCAUUUAAGCUUAAGCUUAUAUUGAAACCGGCCAUUUUACUUAAAUUCACUCAUUUUCAAUUGUGCAUUGAGAACAAACAGUUAAGAUUACUUAUAGUUCUUGGGUUAAACCUCAUAUCCUCACCGUCAUUUAUGUUUUUAACAAACGUUUUUACUAAAAAGCUGAUACUUCGUUUUCGUUGUCAUUUUGCGGUAAGUGUGUAGCGGCAAAUUUUAGCAUUUUUGAAAGAUUUAAAAUAAAAAGGCCCGCAAAAUGAUGAAUGACUCAGUAUGUAUAUAAUAAACACAAUACCACAUGGAAAGUGCUUUGUACGGUAUUUACGCACUCGUUGUUUUUGUAUCAGAAAUCUUACUCGUUCGCUGCGCUCACUCGUUCGAUUUCUGAUACGUCAACAACUCGUGCGUAAAUACCGUACGCCAGCACUUUCCAUGAAGUAUUCUUUAUUUCUCGUUUGCAGCAGACGAAAUCUCCGCACCAAAACAAACGCGUUUAUUGUUUCACUUGCCGUGGCGGAUUUCUGUGUUGGUUUGGGCGUUAUUCCUUCAAUGUUCUUGUGCGACAUUACAAACACCUGCCACUGGCCUCACGGUUUGAUGUCUUGGGUGACUUUCGUACGGUUGCUGUUUAGUAACACGUCUGUUGUAAACUUAUGCAGCUUAGUACUGGAUCGUUUUAUUGCCAUCGUCCAUCCUCUAAAAUACAUCACUUUGAUGACUCGCCGUCGAAUUACUCAAGUUAUUUUCUUCUCUUGGGGUCUAACAGUUAGUUUUAAUGCGCUAAAAGUUAUCUAUUAUGUGUUUUAUUUCAAAACAAUGGAUGUCCUGUUUAUAUGGCUAAAUCUAAUUUGCUUCGAGUUCCUUCCAACUGUUGUAUUAAUACUUUGCUUUGUAUCAAUGAUAUUUCACGUACGCAGGCAUGAUCGGUCAGCACGCAUCGUAGAAAAACAGUUACGUUUUAACCAUCAGGUGUCGUUUAAGACCCAUUACGAGAAGUCUGCAGUAAUAAUGAUGGGUCUUGUGAUAGGAGUGUUUCUUGUUUGCUAUGGUAUGUAUCUACGUUGUAGUUUUCUAAUACUAUCCUCGUCGCGAUGUAAUGAUGAAAACUACAAAAUUCUUUUCUUGGUUUUAAACUCGGCCAUUAACCCGCUGGCUUAUGCCUUUUUCAAAAGAGACAUAAAGAAA